AUGCUGACGCUAAUGUUUGUUAGCUAAUGUGUACGCAGUCAGUCGUUGGGACAAAUAUGGUGCUGCUGGUUUGUGUCUGCUAAGAAUGAGCCCGAAAGAAGUCAGGUUUGUACAUUUUUGAAUUGAUUUAACAAAAAUUACAGUCGUAUGAUCUUAGAAAUAUGCCACUCUAGGUCACUUUGAUAGCUAGCUGCAGUGUUUACUCCGCGAGUUCAAUUCAUUUUCCAAAUCUUUUGUUUUCUAAGCUAACCCAGCUAAUCGUGUAGCCUCUUCUUUCGUUUACCCCAAACUACGUUCAGAGACUGCUCUCUGGGUUUCUGUGUUGUCAUAGAAGUAAACUCGGGAUGUAACAACAGAUCUGGACUGAUACAGAAACGGAUUUUUUGCCGCAGACAGAGUUCACGAACGAGCGGUUCAGAAGCAGUCUUCUUUUAAAGCUGGCUCCCGCUGCCUGUGACCGCCCACUGCCGUGGAUUAUGUAGAUCAGACACUGUACAAAGUGUUCUCUUUACUUCGAAAUAAAUGCACCUUUCGACACUUGUAAUAAGUUAAGGUAACUAGCAGAUUCUCUUAUGUCUGUGAGCAGCCUGCCAGACUUCUGACUGCACACGAAUCCGUCAGUUUAGCCAAAUAAUAAAGCAGCAGAUGUCUCAAUGGGGUUUGAUGCAUCCUCUCCACUUUGUCACUGAGGACUGAGAUUAGUUAAGGUAAUUUAGUCGUACCCAAUCCACACGCAUCAAAGUUGGUCGAUCCGUUUAACAUCAUUCCCCCCUGCUAGGUUUAGCACCUGGCUGGGUCAUGUAUUGAAGUAAUUACAGCACAGGCGUGUCCAGAUGGGUGGCAAGGCCCCCCUUAAAAUCUGAUCAGCCACCCGAGGUGCCACUUCAAAGUUCAUGACCAUGAUUUAUGCUCCAGAGCUCAGCUGUCACUAUGUCAUGGUACAUGUUCACCAAAGCUGUGUUUUUGUUGGUGUCCCAGAGGCUGAAAUACAUCUCAGAAUUUACACACUAAACUCCAUGGUCAUAUUUUUAGUUUCCUUCUGACUGAAAAACAAGUCAGCUGUAGUUGUUGAAAUGCAACUUGUUCACAGCACACAUAUAUCAAAGAUAUCAAAAUAUCUGUGACCGUGUGUUUUUGCUGCUCUUGCCUUGUAUAUCAGGGCUGUCAGUUUAUCAAAAUAUUAACUUCCCAAGAAUAUCAAACAGGACAUGCAAAUAUUUGGGUACCAUCACAUUUUGAAAACAAGCCUCUGACAAGGGGCCUGCUGUUAAAAGGCAGUCACAUGGCAUUUAACACAUGCCAUAUGUGGUUGUGCCACCCCUUUUCAAAAUCUGGACACACCCUUGUGCUUCAGGUGUUGACUAGCCACAGCUCCAGCUGAAUACAAGCUGUCUAAGUCAUUUUCAGAUGAACCAACACAUAAGGAUAGGAGAAGUGAUGCCAGCAGCUGUUUGUGACAGUGACUCUGCUUGUGUCCUUCAGUCAGUCACUCACAGCCAGAUCUGCUGUUGUUACCAGCUGAUCUCAGAGCAGAUUCGGACUCAUAGGAAGGUUCUUGUUUUCUUUCAUUUGACUCAUUGUAAAUAUAUUACAUUACUGUGUUGUUCACAUUGUGUAAACAGUCUUAGAGAAAGGUUGUUAGUGCAUAGAUACUUACUGCCAUCUGAACUGGUGAGCUUGUAUCAGGCCCUGAAUAGGAAGUCACCUGUGUAAAUAGUUUGGCCAAUUAUUGACUUUAGGAAGUCGUUCACAUUGGCUGAGAUACUGAUUAGUCACAGUGGCUUCAUUGUGUGAAUGAGUGGGAUUUGCCCUGUAUCCUGACUAAUGUACAUGUCAGGUAGACUUUAUCCUUUAAUGUGAUCAUCUGUUAUAUUACACCUUUUUCCUCAAGGGAAAAAUGACACAGUCUGUUUACAUCCCUAAAAGUGAGGCCUGUACUGAAACCUGCUGUCAUGGAAAUGUACAACCCCAGCUCCAUUAGAGUUUGGACACUUUAUAAUGUGUUGAUACAAACAUAGUUUGGUGAUUUUCAAAUUAUUUAGAGCUUAUAAUGGAUUUAAAAAAUAUAUAUUGAAACUGGGGAAAAAUAAGUUUUAUGAAUAAUGUCAAUUUAAUACCAGCAACACGUUACUGAAAAAGUUGUGCAGUGCUUAAAAAACACCUGGAAGAAUACGAAUGAGGGUAAUUUUUGACAGAUUCAAGUUUUUAUACCCAUGACUGGGAUAUAGGGAGGACAUUCAGAGAGGCUGAGUCAGGAGCCAAGGGGAAGGGGUCCACCGCUGUGAGAUACUGAGUAAACAAAUGGUUAAACUGUUUCAGGAUAAUGUUGCUUGAAGUAAACCUGGAGAGAUUGAGUGGAUUUCAUCAUCUGCAGCACAUAGUAUCAUUGAAAGAUCCAGUGAAUCUGGAGAAAACUCUGUACUAAAGGGACAAUGACCAAAAGGGACAGUUUGAAGGAGCUCCACAGCAGACAUGACUGUAGAAGAAAUCACUGCAUGGGCUCAAAAUCACUUCCAGGUUUUUUUCAUAUAACAAAUACAUUUGUAUUGUCUUUAACAGCAAAUUCUGCUUUCAACAACAUCAAACGCAGAGUCACUGCUCUGUGUGAAGUUAACAGUCAGUAAAUAAAAUCAUGGUCAGAGGAUUGAGAAAUGUCACUAAGUUUUAAUGUCCUCUACGUCUUCAGGGAUGACCUGACGACAUCUGGCUUCUUCCACCUCGUCCUCCAUCACCCCAGCUCUGUCGGAUAGAUCGCCUCCCCUUCAUCUCUAUCUGCUGACGUCUGGUUUGACCCUCUCUGAGUCUGCUGGAUCCUCACCCUCAUACAGCUCGAUAUUAAUCCAUUCCUGGCCUUCGUCCCCCUUUAUAAACAGAGACCAUGUAUUGCCUCCAGUGGCUCCUCCCUGUGCUGCUCAUCCCCAAACCAUUGAACCCGGCGCUGUGGUUCAACCACUCCAUGUUCAUGGGCUUCUACCUGCUCAGCUUCCUGCUGGAGAGGAAGCCUUGCACCAUCUGUGCCUUGGUCUUCCUCGCCGCCCUCUUUCUCAUCUGCUACAGCUGCUGGGGCAACUGCUUCCUGUACCACUGCCAGGACGCCACACUGCCGGACACUGCCCAGGACCCAGCCAUCGUGGGGACCUAGGAGAGAGGACGAGAGGGAGGGAUUACAGAAAAGGAGGAAGGGAGGAAAAGUGGAGGGUGAUACUGCCAUGCUGGAAGAGCGAGUGACAUGUUGGAGACGGAAAAUAGCGCUGAUGUAAAAAACGUUCUGCCUAAAAUGGAGCUGAAGAAGAGGAGAAGCAGUGCUGGAGGACUUGCUGUAGAGAAAGACAGACUUGAGUUCGAAGAGGAGGCGGAGGGAAUGUUUAAGGAGGACUUUAUCUAACGAGGAAGGAGGAGGAGCAUCCUAUCAUCAGAUGCUGGAGGAGGGAAACAAAUGAAUUUUCUGUCUCUGCAUCUUUUCCUUUCAAGCGUUUGAUUUAAAACUGUUCAUAUAUAUGCCACGUGACACCAACAGACAGUGACCGCCAUGAUUCAGUAUUCUGGUUCCUCUCUCACCCUAGGACUCAUUUCUUCAUUUACUUCAUUUACUACGUCUCUCUAAAAACCACGUUGGGUCAUCACUCGCCACCUCAAACUGCCAGGCUCACACAUGGAUGGAUGUUUGUUUUAACACCGCCACAGUUCUUCACCAGAGAGUGUUAGAGGAAAUGGACUUCUUCCCCAAAGUGUAGAGGAGAAACCUGGCCAAAAUCUGCCGCCAUCUUGGCUCUAAAUUGUCCCUCACACGGGGCAAAUACACAGACACACACUCACACUGGACAAUCAAUAAGUAUGCUGUGAAUAAUUCCUCCUCUGAAGGUGAACUAAUGCUGAGAAUCUGUCUCGUCCUCUUCACCUCCUCCUUCUCCUCCUCCUCCUCCUCAGAGUGAACGCCCCAACCACCACACUCACGGUUUUGUUUCUUCUUUGCUGUUUUUUCUUUUCUUUGUUUGUUUGUGUUUCUCGUGCAUGGGUUGCUGUUUAGUUUUUUCGAGUUUUAAAUGAUUAAGACAAAACGCUGAAAGUUUCCAAAGGUAAGAAAAUUCAGAUGUGAGUGAGAGAGUGUGUGUGUGUGUGUGUGUGUGUUAUGUGUGUAUUUUGCUUAUAUAAAACAUGCAGAUAUGUGAGGGGAAUGCAGUCUGUGCUUCCGGUGACUUAAAGCAAUACACACCGCUGUAUGAGAAAUCAAAGAGUCACAAUCAGAUGAGAAACUGAGCUGUCGAUCUGUUUCCUCGUGUCUCUUUGCUCCAAGUGUUUCUGUUUCGCUGUAAGACACAAGCGAAGGUGUUUAUACUGUUAGACUGUGUGUGUGCGUGCGCGCGUGUGUGAGUGUGGCCUCCUGUCACAGUGCUGAACAUGCUCACUGCUGCAUUAUUGCUUUGGUUUUAAUUUAAAUAAAGUUUUUCCUCUCAAAUUGUUA